GAACAGUAAGCGCGAAACUGACAGCUGAUUGUGAUUUGGGGGAAUUUAAUUUUCUUGCAUGCUUUUAUAAGCCCAUUAUAAAUGGCUCGCGACGAUGAUAAUGGUUUCAGUGAAUGGGGCGGCUACUUUGAGGCCAAGAAAGCUAAGUUGGAGGAGCAGUUUGCCGCCGCAAGCGAUCCAUUUCGCAAGUCGGACUUGUUUCAGGGAAUUUCGAUAUUCGUAAAUGGCCUGACAAACCCAUCGGCGGAUGAGUUGAAGCGCAUCAUGAUGGUGCACGGUGGGACCUUCCACCAUUACGAAAGAAGCCACACGACCUAUGUUAUCGCCUCCGUUGUGCCGGAUGUCAAGGUCAGGAACAUGAAUCUCAGCAAGUUCAUAAGCGCCAAGUGGGUGGUAGAUUGCCUGGAGAAACAAAGGAUUCUAGAUUACAAGCCCUAUCUGCUGUACACCAACCAAAAGACCUCACAGCCAAGACUUAACUUUGGGAAAUUCAAAGAUAGUAGUAUAAAGGAGACCGUAAGAGAGGAAGACGUCCCCGAUGAUGAGUUUGACUUGCAGCUGCUCGGGGUUCUUAAGGAGCUACAGCAGGCAGUGGCCACUUCACCGGAAAAGGAGGCCAAGAGCAUCAGUUUAUCCGAGACAAAGAUCACAAAUUUAUCAGCAUCCAGUAGUUCCAAUGUUGCUCGUACUGCAGCAGAUCCCAAUUUCUUAAGUGAGUUCUACAAGAACUCCCGUCUGCACCACAUCGCCACUUUGGGAGCUGGCUUCAAGCAGUAUGUCUGUGAGCUGCGUCAGGAACAUGGCGCCAAAGGUUUCCCCAAGAGGGAGGAACUCAAAUCCCUCGAGAAACUUCUUGGAACAGGAUCAGAUCGGUUUGUAAUGCACAUCGACAUGGACUGCUUCUUUGUAUCCGUGGGGUUGCGGUCUCAUCCUGAGCUCCGAGGGCUGCCGAUUGCGGUGACCCACUCGAAAGGCGGAAGUGCAGCCACCGACGUGCCCGUGCAUCCGCAGGCGGACAGAAAGGCAGAGCUGGAGCUCUUCGCACAGCGCUUCGAGCAUCAUUUGCACGAUAACAUAAAGGCUGACAAGGUUCGCUCAGGCUUUGACAAGAAGAUGUCGCUGUCAGAGAUAGCGUCCUGCAGCUAUGAGGCUCGUGCGAAGGGCAUCCGGAACGGAAUGUUCGUGGGUCAGGCCCUUAAACUGUGUCCCGAGCUGAAAACCAUUCCCUACGACUUUGACGGCUACAAAGAGGUGGCCUUUACUCUGUACAAUACAGUGGCGCAGUACACUUUGAACAUAGAGGCUGUAAGUUGCGAUGAGAUGUUUGUGGAGCUGACUGAUUUGGUGAACGAGCUGAAGGUGGAUGUGAUGGCUUUCGUGGGGCAUCUCAGGAAGGAAGUGCACGCCAAGACGGGAUGUCCCUGUUCUGCGGGAGUCUCGGGCAAUAAAUUGCUGGCCCGCAUGGCAACUAAGAAGGCUAAGCCGAACGGUCAGUUCUUGCUGGACUCCAAGCAGGAUAUUUUGGCCUAUAUGGCGCCCAUGUCUCUGGACUCGCUGCCAGGAGUAGGCAGCAGCAUGAGUCACAAGCUCAAACAAGCGGGCUUGAACAACUGUGGAGAUGUUCAGAACACGUCGUUGGAGAAGCUGGAGUCGGUGCUGGGCAAGAAACUUGGACAAAACUUAUUCCAGAACUGCAGAGGAAUCGAUGACCGCCCCUUGGCCUAUGAGCAGGCCCGCAAAACGGUUUCUGCUGAGGUAAACUUCGGCAUUCGCUUUACCAAUUCCGCAGAUUGCGAGAAAUUUCUGCGCCAGCUCAGCGACGAGGUUACCAAGCGUCUUACUGAGAUCAAGCGCAAGGCCAGGUCUAUCAAUCUAAAGAUCAUGGUGCGUGCCGCGGAAGCGCCAGUCGAAACAUCAAAGUACAUGGGCCACGGAGUGUGCGACAUCGUCAAUAAGUCCUCGAUGAUCAAACAUGCCACGGAUGAUGUAAAUGUGAUCACCUCGCAAGUAUUAAACCUGAUGAAAGAAGCCGCUCUGCCGCCCCACGAGCUGCGCGGAAUUGGCAUACACCUAACUAAGCUGGAGGAUGCCACCGAAGUUAAAAAGGACAGCAUCCUGAAGCAGAUGUUCGUCAAGAUGUCAGAGACGAAGAAAGAUCAAUCUUUAUCGGUGAAACCUCCCACAGAAGCAAAAUCUAACCCUAGGGAACCCACAAACGUGAUGACCAUGUUAACGGCUGCAGCGGUGGGCAGGAAGUCUCUAAUCGGGGAUAGUGGUAAAACCACGGAACGAUCGGCAGGGGAAAAACCACCAACAGAUGACGUUAAACCAAAGCCUCGUGAGUCAAGGAAUGUGAUGACUAUGCUGGCGGCAGCAGCGGAGGGCAGGCAGUCCUCCAACGAAGUUAAAUUUCCCAGUGAUGCUGUAAAACCGAGUAAGCCGCCAUCACCCAGUGGUCCGGAGCUCGAUCAGGAUAUUCUAGCUCAGUUGCCGGAGGAUAUACGACUAGAGAUCCUUUCCCACAAGGAAGAAUAUCUGCGCAUAUCCGAAACUGAUGAAAACGCUCCUCCCAAGGCAGCUCCAGCUCGAACUCCAACGCUCCGUUCGCCGCCGUUAACAAAACGUAACCGCUCGCCAGUCAGUCCCUUGAAUGCUAGCGAUCUCAGACCAUCUACUUCGCGAGAAGCUCAGGAGCGUCUGCAAAUGCGCACGGUUCGCAAGGAAAAUGAGCUGCGCGUUAGACCAGAUCAGAUCGUGGCGGACUAUAUCAAGGAGCUGCCCAAGCACACGCACCCUGCCAUUCUGGACUACAUCACCAGGCCAGCCAACGAAGUGCCCAAUUUGCUGAUGGGAGAAAAUUACAAGAGCCUGCUGAAUGAAUGGGUCAGCUUGGAGGAAGUGCCCAAGCCGCCGGACGUGGAACUAAUUCACCGACAGAUAACGCACAUGAUCAAGAGCGACAAUUUGGAUCACAUGUACGAUGUGAUGAAGUAUUUCUGCCGCAUCAUCAAUUCAAAGCGGAGCAGCUCGUGUUGCUGGCACUUGGCCUAUAAGCACAUCGAGGAGAACCUUCAGAACCAGAUGCUGGAGCACGACGGCUACAACCUUUGCUUCACCCAUGACAUUCGCUGCCCAAAGUGUCUGCCAUUCACUUAAGCACUUAAUACGCUGGGUCACAAAUUAAAAGCAAAUUUAAUACAAGCCAUCUAAUGUUAUGCCUACAAUGGUAUACUUUAAAUUGUUUUUAGUUCUAAAGAAUAGGAUCUCAAGCACUCAGUUCAGUUUAAAACAGGAUAGAAUCCUGCAAAUAUGAUUUGAAUAUUAUGUAUUUCUGCUGAAAGAAAGUAAUCCCUUUUUGUUUAAUAAAUAUUGUUACCAAAUGUUA